AUGAGAAAAGGACGAUGUCAAAGAAUUUUGAUGUUCUUAUUUUUUAUAAUGCAUUCAAUGACCUACGUGACGUCACACGUUGAUUCCUCUGUGUCCUCUCAAGUGUCAGCAGAAAACCCGAGAAGAUCGAAUCGGGACAAUGUAGUGGCAAAGGAGUGGCAGUACGAGGGCCUACCCAUCGAGUACCCCAACCGAAAGGACUUUGAUGGCGCAAACCUUGACGCUGAAAUAACAAUGCCAGCUACACAGGCUACGACUACCAAACUGGUGCUAGACCGUCGUUACCGCCGCAUCUACAACCCUGACGAGGUGGCCACCAUCGAGGAGUUCCCUUACAUGGCCGCCCUGCUGGUGAACAACGAGCUCUGGUGUGGCGGCGUCAUCAUUGACAAAGACAAGAUCCUUACUGCCGCUCACUGCUUACAACUUCAAUAUAAUAAUCGAUUCUUCCGUGAAUAUGUGAAAAUGUUGACGGUGAGGGUUGGUUCCACGAACGCCACGGACGGUGGGGACCUGCUGCGUGUCUCCGAGAUCUUCUUUCAUCCUAACUACAAGCCACAGACCUUGGAGUUCAACUACGCAGUACUGAAGCUCCAUAAGAACCUGACUUUCGGUAGAAAGGACCCCUACAUCGACAAGAUUGCCUUCGCCAGAGACAAAGUUGUACCUGUCGAUAAUAAGAUCGUGUUCCUUGGUUGGGGGUCUGUUUUGGGUAUCAAUGGCGCGGGAGGUCAGGUCCUACUCCAGAAGGUCACGCUCCCUGUAUACGACUCAGCAGACUGUCAGGAGAUAUACGGCAAAGAUUUAGUCACCCGAACGAAUUUCUGCGCAGGAUUCAUUACGGUACCGAAAAACGUUUGUAAUCAUGACGCUGGUGGCCCAGCAGUAAUGGACGGUGUACUGAUAGGAGUGCUCUCAUUCUCGUCGAAGCGCUGUGACCAGGCGGACCAGCCCGCUGUGUUCUCCACUGUAGGAGCUAUCGCGUCGUGGCUCGAUAGUCUCGGGCAAAAGAAGGUGCAAUUACGGUCGCUAAUACAAUGA